AUGGUUAUGUUUAACGUUACUCUUAAGAAAGAGGCCACCAACGAGGACCUCGAAAAGGCCAAAGAGGAAGCCAGGAAAACUGGUGGUACCAUUCGCCAUGAGUACAAACUGAUCAAAGGCUUCACGUAUGAACAUCUUAUCCCCUCCAUUGACCUGUUUGGCAAAGCACUCACCACAAGCCUAUUGUUCAGUGUUGAGUAUCCUGAUGACCAUGUUCACGUCCUUCAGAGUACCAGCCUUGUCAACGUUGAGCAGGAUGGGCCAGCAAAGACUCAGAAGUAA